AUGGGUUUGGCUGCGCCCCGCAAGAAAACCAAGAUUUCUCAUGAUCCCAACAAUACGAAUUGGUCUCGGUCAACAAGUGGCUUCGGGCACAAGAUUCUCAGUUCGCAAGGAUGGACCCCGGGGAGUUUCUUAGGAGCCCGCAAUGCAGCACAUGCCGACAUGUUUACCGCUGCGAGUGCGUCGCAUAUCAGAGUUAUUGUGAAGGAUGAUACACUUGGUCUUGGAGCACGAUCGAAGCGUGAUCCACUAGACGAACCUACUGGUCUCGAUGCAUUCAAAGGACUUCUCGGCCGAUUAAACGGAAAGUCCGAUGUCGAAUUACAAGCUGAUCAGAGAAAGCGCGACGAUGUAAAACUGGCCCGGUAUGCUGCCACUAAGUGGCAAGCUGUUCGGUUUAUAAGUGGUGGAUUAUUGGCACAGGAAAAGGACAACGAGGCCACUUCUAUUUCAAAAGAGACCCAAAAUCUUCCAGCGGAUGCACAAGCAGAAGAGCGAAAAGAAACAGUCUCUACUAACGGGGAUCACGUCAAUGAGUGUGUGAAUAACAAAGCGCCCGCCAUUGACCAUUCUGAAGUUUCAGGGUUACGAGAACGAAAACAUAAAAAUAAUAAAGGCAGAAAAAGUGCGAAGGAGAAGAGGGAGAAGCUGGAGAAGAGACAGAAGAAAGAGAGAAGCGAGAAGAAAGAAAAGACGGGAAGGAAAAGGAAGCAUACAGAUAAUCAGGAAGGCACUGAUAGCUCCCCUUCCCAAGAGCAGUCGUUCGAACUUGAUAUAUCCACAAGCAACGAGCAAGAUCAGCCGUCAUCAGAUGCUGGCCCUUCCGUGAAGGAGCGCCGACCGCUUGGAAGACAUAUGAUCAGAGGCCGCCAUAUUGCGCAAAAGAGGAAAGCUUUAAUGGACGAAAAGUCCUUGAACGAGAUAUUCAUGGUAAAAUCGUAA